UAAUUUCAAUUGAGUAGAAUGAGGGCUGAGUUGAGUUUCAACGAUAUAGUUCAGGUGCUUAUGUCCUACUUUCCCACCUAUUUUCAAGGGCAUCGCCAACCAGGGGAGUAGAGAGGGGGUACGGGGCGCUGUAUUCCCCGAAACUUUGUCCGUCGCCACAAAAAGGAUUUUUGCUGGGCAAAGGAAAAACUUUUUCACCAUGUAGUAUAAUUGUAACCUUUUCAAAAGCUCCCGCAAAAUCAAAGCUUCUCAGGCUUCAUACCUUUGCAGUGGAAUGGCAAUGGAAGUGCUUGCGAGAUCAGGUAUGUUUAUUGCAAUGUCGUAUAUUUGCUAAUUGUUUCUGGAGCUUUGCUGCUUUACCCAUCCGUUUUUAUUCUUUACAAUCAAAUAUUUAGGCAUAUGCCAUAUAAUAUCUUCUGUCACAGACAUACAAAUUGUGGCUGUCUGUCUUCUUGUUUUUUCAAACAUUUUUACACCAAGAAUGCCUAGCAUCUAAAUUAAUUCAAACUUUAGAAUUCAAAACAGUGUUGUUAAAAUCACACGUCAAAACUUGUGGGGGAGGAAUUUUCCAGCUACAGACAGUGAAAAAUUGUGUAAUAUUUUCAAAUGCCAGUGACAUUUUUCUGUCAUGAAAUUUAUCUUCGGUUCUCAUGCCAACCUGAAAAAUAAAGUGAUAGAUUUUAACGUGAUUUUUGAGUUCUAGGUUUCAAAAUACCCCUAAUUUUUUCAAUUUUUUCCGAUUCAACUCAUUUCUUAUAGCAAUCUUCUUAAAAAUUGUAAAAUACAUAGAGCUGGGGUUUGACUUUCGUUUUGCAUCGAUAAAUGUUUUCAUGAUGCUAUUUAAAUUUGAUUUAAAUUAAAUGUCUCAUUGGCAAUUUCAGCAGCAUUAUUGAUAAAAUGCUUUUUUUAAAAACUCAACGAUUACUACAAUUAUAGAUCCACAAUUUUAAGUUACAACUCCACCAAGUGAAUCAGUUCCACGCUUACUUUAGGCCCUGCCUUUGAUUGAACACGUCUGAUAAUGACCGAGAAGAAAAUUUAUAUCCAGGUCUGGCUCGAGCGUUCCAUUGGUUCUUUUACACCAAUCAACGACCAAAACCUCUAUCCUUUUUGAUGAGUUAAAAAAGGAGAAAAUUAACUCUUUUUGUCUACACAAUUAGGGGGCUUUUUGACGUAAAUUGAUUCCAAAACUCCUAAAUGUAGAGACAAUCUUGCUUGCACACUUGCUUUGAAGUUGGCGUCACUAUCUGUUUUGACACACUCAUUUAUUUGUGAGCAAAUGUUGACCAAUUGCUGAAUCAUCCCCCCCCCCAAGUACUCGGCAGGAUCAAUUUUGUAUUUCGUCUAAAUUCGAUGAGAAAAUGUUGGGGGAGGGGCAAUAUUUUGGCAACGUACUUUUACUGAUGAAAUCCUAUUAUUUUCAAUCUGAGUUUACGUCACCAAAAGCUAGUCAUGGGCGUUCUCUCCGAGUAAACUUGGCGCAAGGGCGUGGACUUUUGCUUUGUCCUCCCAGAUCUUAUUGGCUUGCGCCGCCAUUGAAUUAGACCACCAUUCAGGCUCAUUAAACUCUCUUUUUCAGUUUUAGUCGCGGUACUUGUUACAACAAACAUAGAGCGCAAAACCAUCUUCUCUUCUUGAUUCUGAUGAAAGUGAAAAAUCUCACUCGAGCUUUAGUUAGGCUCAGGCAAAAUAGAUAUAUGUUGGGUGAAUUUCUGGGCAUCAUGCUGGGUCGAUUGGAAAUCUCUGUGUUUGUGUGUCAAGUAUUUGAGUAAAAAUUGUUGGACGAAUCCUGAGUAAAAUGUCGGAUCGUUGGAAUUGAGUCAUUCGUCACAAAGAUGUUGAACUCAGCACUUCUCUUGUACAGGGCACUUCCUUUGUCCGGAAACGAAGGAAACUUUUUUUUACCUUCAACAGAAAAAGAGUCAUAAGCAAUGGAGGAAACUUGAAGUAUUAUUAAUGUUGCUAGCAGACUGUGGGAUUGGGGAAUAAUCAGGAGAUCUUGACUCUUCCCGUGAAAGUAAGCAAAAACAGUUCUUGCCUAGAUAAAGAUUAGCCAAAACUUCAAUUGCCCUACGUUUGAUCCUUUUUAAUACUUCAAAAUUCUAUAAAGAUUGACUCUCGAUCAUUUUGCAACUUGCCAAAUGCAAAAGAUAUCUGUUGACCCUAGCUAUUUACAUUUUGCCAUAACUUCAUCGCCGCACACGGCCGAGCUAUUUCUGUUGCUUAACUCAGUCAUUAUUCCUUGGUAUGAUUUCAAACAAAAAGAUUUACCUGCAAUGCACUUAUUCAGUGAUUUUUUAUGAGUUUCCAGUGCCGUCGGAACAAAAUUCAUAAACGGGAGGGUGGAGGGCGCUGCCCAUUUUAUUGCUUCCCAUUCAUUACAUAAUUAUAGAAGAAAUAUAGUACAAUUUAGCAAUUAUUAGGGGGCUCCAGCCCCUUGCCCCCCACUUCCGACGGCCCUGAUUUCUUUCAACUCUAGGAUAAUGAUUAUUCCUUUGGCAUCCACCUGUCAUUUUAUAGUAAGAAGAAAUUCUGUUUUCAGCAUUUUAUUUUUCAAGCCGAAAUCAUAAUCGCGUUAAAAUUGCACGACUCUGCCUAUCCAUUUGAUAAAUUUCCCUAAGAAACAUAAAGUUCUGAUAUGCAAAUAUUGCUAAACCUUAAUUUCAUUCACAGUAGAAAACUGACGCAAAACCUACGAGUCUAAAAAUCGCAUAAAACUUCUUCAUGCUAAAAAAGACGUUGGCCUAAGCUGAUUUGUCCUCUUCUGGUACUUUUUCGUGUGCCAAAAUUCCCAAAGGACCCUUUAAGCAAUCCAUUUGCACUGAGCGAAAAAACAGUUUUAUUCAAACCAUCGACAGUAGGGAACAGAAUAUGCUUGAAGCCGAAAUCUAACCAUGCUAUCAGCGCGCUUGAGAUUGUAUUAGUUUACAGGUAGCAAUGGCUAGGCCAUUCAGUCAUGCGAAUGAACAUUCGAUUAAGCAUGGACGGUGGCCUACCCUUGCGUACUAAACCUCAUCAAGGAGUUAUGCGUGUGCUCUUUAGCUGAGGUAAUGCAGUUGCUGCGUCUUCAAGGUAUCUCAAACGUAGCUUAUUGCGGCUUCAAACUGUAGAGUAGUGGAACAGUUAAUUUGCGUUUCUACAAAUAUUUCACAACGAUUAAGAAGAUAUUUGUGGGUUUUCGACAAGAAAGGAAUGUAAAGGGAGAGAUUCAUCGAAUCAAGAUUGAAGAUGGUCAUAUACAAGUUUAAUGCCGUCUUUCUUAUCCUUUUUGUUCAGCUUGUUCCUUUCUGCAAUGGAAAGGUGUACCUAAAGAGGGAGAAGAGACAGCAGCAGUAUGAUGUAAACCCACUAAGCGACUUCUAUGUUUCCGGUUCAGGCUCGGCUGCAGGGAGUGGCGUUGCAUAUAGCUCUGGCUUGUUCAAUGGUGAUUCUGGAAGCAAUGAAGAAUUAGCAGAUUCGAGUGGAGAACUAUUCAACGCAGAGUCAGAUAUCGAUGACUCAUUCGCUGAGAUUCUCGGCGACAAAGGCAGCGGAACAGAGCCAUUUGAAAUCAGUGGUCUUGAGAAACCAAACGUAGCUACAAAAUGGCUCACAAGAGUUUCCAAUGUAACUGAAGUGUCGACCAAUGAAAAUGCGGACAUCGUGAGAGGAAUGAAAGAUGGAGAAUUGAAGAUAAGUAAAAGGAGUUUGGCAAGCGAAAAACGAAUGUCAUUAUUAGAAGAGUUCUUUAAGUUGAUGGCUGCCCCUGAAGAAGUCAUAGUUACCAAAAGAGAAUCAAAUGGUGAAGAUGAUAAUUUGGAAAAUGAAAUCUUUGAGGGGGAAUUCGGCAUUCAAGAGAAGAGUCCAAGAGGAAAGGAGGAUUCCAGCAUUGAAAGGGGAAAGAGAAGUGGUUUGGCCAAAGAACGUGAGCUGAAAGUCAGGAAGAGAGAUGCAGAGGACCUGGGUGAUGAAACAUUGCCUAAUCUGUCAUAUUUAAAGGAGGAAAGCGAUGGUAGCAAGGUUUUGACACUUGAAAAUGACGAAAAGAGUGUAGAACUAGUAAAAAGGCACGUUAUGGACGGUGACAAUUCAGUGAGGUUUCUCAGAGAAAUCAACACAGAUGAUUUAUUCAGCCGCCAUGAAGAAGAAAUGCUAGAACGGAUAACAAGAGGAAAACGAAGCAGCAACAAGUCUAGGCCAAACAAAAGAGGUUUCCUUGACGACACAGCGAAAUCUGAAAUGCAAAAUUUUGAAUUUCCAGUGAUGAAACUGGUGACGUCAGACGCUGCUAGGCCUAAAAGAGCAAGUGAAGAAAAUGUCAUUGUUAAGCCUGAAAAGAAAGUUGGGGAGAGGUUUGAUAAACGCGAUGAGCACGAGAAUUUAAAAUCAGUACCUAAUUUAGAGCCAUCUAAUUCUGAGAAGGAUUUGAGGUACCUAACAGAUCAGAAACAUGAAAUUGAAGCGGUAUUUCUCAAAAGAAAUAAAGAAAGGUUGCAUCUUGAUAAAAGGAGUGUGAUAUUGGAUAAAGACAUUGAUGCUGAUACAUUCAUGGCGAACAUCGGCCGUCCAACAGCGGGGAUAAAAGAGAAGCGUCAUUUGAAAAACGAAGAUAUAAUAACGGGGGUUGCAUCGAUGCUGGACAAUAACGAAAUGGCCGAUUCUGUAGGGAGCCUUAGGCCACUGGAAAAUGAAUAUCUAACUAAUAUAAAGAGGAGUGAAGUUGACAAUAUGAGUCGGCCAUCUUUAAAAAUCCCAAGUGAUUUAGAAAAGCAUAAUAUUAAGUUGUCAAAACGUCAUGAAAAACCCACUUUAGCUGAAAACAGUGACCUUGGCAAAAUAGAACGCCAACAAAAACACGAGGAUGGUUCAAAAAGAGAUUUCCACGAUGAGAGUUUCAUUGGAACAUUCGCAAAGCCUACUCAAGUUUCUGGAUUUUGGUCUGGAUUGGGAUCAAAACCAAUAUUUCUGGAUACAACCAAAAUGCAAUCUUCUGAUGAAUCUGAAUCUGGUUCAGGAUUGAAUGAAGAUGGCAGCAAAGGAUUGAUAAAGGCAGCUGGCAAUAAGAGUAAGCACAGUAAGAAAUUGUUUCGUGGAAGGGCGAAGAAAUCGAAAAAGAGAUUUAGGCCCGAAGAAGCUGGGGAAAUAAUGGAUGAAACUGACAGUAGGUUGAGAAACGUAAAAGUCGGUAUACAUCAGAAACAUGGUAACGUUUUGAAGGAUUCGAAGAAAAAAGAGAAAGAAAGGAGAAAGAGAAUGGAUAAAGAGGGCGAAAAUGGGGAUGUCAAGAAUAAGAUCUCCCAGUCUGUUCUUACAUUUGAUGAAAUGCACGAAGUGGUGUCAAAAACUAGAAAAAGCAAAGCAAAUUUACCAAAAAAGCUCAAAAAAGAAGAAAGCAGAAAAAAGAAAAAUGACGGCGAUGAAAAUGAUGAUGAUGAUGAUGAUGAUGAUGAUGAAUCAUCCGGUGAUGACGAAGAGUCUGGAGACAAGGAUUUAGCAAGUAUCGUGAAAUUAAACGAUGAAGAUGAAGUUGUUGUUAAAACGCUCUCAGCAACAUACAAAGAAAACGAAAUCAUUGAUAAAAGAAGUAGAAUCAUGGUAAAAAGAGCACCGGGGGAUAACGGUUACGUUGGGUGUUAUGUUGAUGUUUUGCAUCCAGUAAGAGAUCUAGCUGUUCGAGCCGGCAUACCAUUUGUCACUAUUAACAACUGCAGAAGUGCAUGCAAGAGGACUGGAUACUAUUAUGCAGGCCUACAGUUUGGCUAUCUUUGUUUCUGUGGCAACACAUAUGGAAAAUAUGACAUGGCGCCCGAUUCAGAGUGUAACUACGCAUGUUCAGGAGAUGCCAACCAAACAUGUGGUGGCCUUUGGAGGAAUUCCGUUUACUUUACUGCUGGCGCUCCGCAAAAGUCAAACGAAGGACCCGUUCCAUUUUACCUUCCACCAAAGGACCAAGUGUCGACAGUGAAUUUCAAAAGGUCUGAAAUCCCAGAACCUCAGGUUCAAAACGCAUCUGCUCCGUCAAAUGCAUCUCUUAUCCAGCCAAUCAAUGUAAACAUAUCAGGCCCAGCUUUGCAAUCUCCUAGUGCUACGCAACCAAACCAAAUCACUGCCUCCAGUUCAGAUACAAGCAAACUACAAAACACCUCAAAGGAGGUUAUGCAAGAACAACCAGAAAAGGUCGAGAACACUAGUGCAGAAACAGACGAGAUAACGAAACCAGAAGGAGGCAAAAGAAAAGUUUUAAUGCAUUUUGCCUAUCUGCAUCCACAAAAGCACCACGAAGUGGCCCCAACUUUACCCCCGGCGCCAACGCCACCACUGAGAAUCGAGCCUCAAACUCGUGUAUUUAAAGGUGAAAUUAAACUGAAGCAAAAAUGGUUUGACGAAUUCAAAGACAAAAUGAGCACAAAGUCGUUAAUUUUAGCUGGAAAUGUAGAGCAAGCACUAAAGAACAUAUAUGCAAAUAGCAGUUACCAGAAAGAUUUCUUGAAGGCUGAGGUCCUAUCAUUCAGGGAGGGCCUUAUCAACAAUAAUCCAUACACAGUGACCAGGGUGAUUGCCGAAUUCUCUUUGACUUUUGACCAAAAUGCCAUUUCGCCGGAUGCCACAUUAUUCGCAAAAGUUCGGGCAACGAAGAAGCUUGAUCAAAUGCCCGUAUACUCAAAGUCCCUCAAAGUUAGCGAAUACCGAUUUGACCCGAACAGUCCAAACCAAGCAUUCAAAAUACCAAUAAAAGAGCCAGCUGACAACAAAGAUGUUGACGAAGAAGACCGCAAGAAGUCGAAUAUCGCGACCCCCGGGUCUCAGCUUCCCUCGGUCAAUGACCCGCUCUUCACCUCAACCACGCAGGUGCAGGCAGCGGGAACUGGUAGUAAUUCAAAUGGAAUGGAAGAAUUACAAAAAUAUUUGGCAAGCGAGAACAGCCUUCCCCCUGUUUCGCAGGAACAUACUAAUCUGUUGAAGGCGGAGGAACAGGCACCAGUCAAAAAUAGACAGGGGGGUUCGUCAAUGUCAGGUAAAUUCAAAGCUCGAAACAGCGCCCUGUCUAAAAGAAGUGAUGUGCCUACCCUGGAAGGAGGUCAAAAAAAAUUGCCUUACAUAUUGCGGCUGUUCUUCUGGAAGGAUAUGCUGGCGAGGAGGAAACGAAAUUCUACACCAGAGAAGAAAAUUCAGCCACUUCAACGGAGAAAACGAGAGGACGAUGAAGAUGAAGGGGUUUUACAAGUAGAUCUUGAAAAAAGAGAGAAAAAGACUGAUCUAAAACUUAGUAAAAGGUUUGAAGAUACACAAACCCCAUUGACUGAGGAGAGCUCGUUUGAGAGGCGGUUUAUGAAAAAAACGAAACGAAAAACAAAGGAUCUAACCACUGAAAAGGAACUAAGACGUUCAAAAAGGCGAGAUAAAUUGGAAGAUUUUGACUAAGAAAUGAGAUGUACUAGCGAAGUUUUAUUGCAAAAAUCAUAAAACUGAUAGAUAUCAGAAUGGCUAGCUAAUGGUAUGAGGCAAGUGAGACUAUCAAAGAGUCAAUGUUGUCGGUAAAGAUAUGUUUUUCAAGAAGACAAAAGUGUUACAUUGCUCAAUAUUAUGACAGGCAAAGAGGUACUGCGAAUGGUACACCGACUCAUGCAUUGGAUGUUUGAGAAACAAAAAAUCCGGUAAGAUUAGAUUGUUGUUGUAUAAGAACCUGCCUUCAGGUAUAGAAAAAGUUCAACCGGGAGAAAUUGUCGUUAGAAAAGGAUCGUGGCAGACCGGUAAAUUGAAACCAGCCUAAUGGCAAAUAAAUAUUAAAUGUCUUGUCCGCAUACUUCCACUUCAGCUGGCUUAGAAGCCUUUGUUAAACCUCGCGGUCUCGGUUUUGAAGAGGUGGCCCCUACUGGCGCGAGGACAAUGCCAACUGCAUAACGUGAUAGCCAAAAUAUAGCAGUUUCUUGUGAAGGCAGUGGAGUGGUGACCAGGGGUGUGAGUUGGAAGCCAGCGGGCAUUCUUUAGAAGCAGCAAGAUUUUUCGGAAAAUUCCGGUAAGAACAGGUUUAUACAAAUAAUAAACUGUUGUUUAAGCAAAAUUUGUCGAAAAUUGGUUUCUUUUGCCCCCUUGAAAUUCGACUGCCACGAAGCAUCACAACUGAAUGUACUUUUGUGCCUUAUCAAAAGUAAUAAUCAAUUUAAGAUAUUGAUAGUGGCAAAGCUCAUAUUUUGAGAGUUAAAUACAAGUAGUAAAUUGAAAACAUUAUUAGCAUACUAAAAUAGCCAGAGCUAAAUGUUUAAUUUUUGUAAUAAAAGAAGAAGUAAGUCUUGGUUAAAAUAUUGUUAAACUACGAUUAGUAUAAUUAAAAUUGGGCUUAAUGGAAAUCAUCUAAGUUUAAUCCUGUAACAAGCGUUAAAAUAUUUUUGAAUGAACUAUAAAUGAUAAAGUUUGAGUUUACAAUUUGUAAAUAUUUGAGUAAAUAGUAAUUUUUGUAUAUUUAUGUGGAAUUAACAUUGUCUGUAGUUAAUUUAAAGUCGGUGAUUAAGUAAUUUGAGAUUUGGUAAUGAUGUAAUCAACAUUAAUAACCAAAAUAAAGAAACUUGAAAAGACACCAAUUUGUGUUUUAUUCUCACGACCAAUGUCGCUUAAAAAGUAAAUUUAUCUCUUCACGAAAUAACCUCAUAGUUUUCUGUCAUCGAUUUAACUCACUCUGCUGGAAAAUAUUGUGCACGACACAUCUA